AUGACAGACAGCGAAGGACACAAAGUGGUCGUUUGCGACAAUGGCACCGGCUUCGUUAAGUGCGGCUUCGCGGGCGCCAACUUUCCCGCCCAUAUCUUUCCCGCCAUGGUCGGUAGACCCAUCCUUCGCGCGAAAUCGAAAGAAGGCGGUGCCAUGCUAAAGGACAUCAUCGUCGGGCAACAAGCAGCGGAUCUGAGGCAUUCGCUAGAUAUCCAGUAUCCGAUGGAAAACGGAAUCAUUCGAAACUGGGAUGACAUGGAGCUUCUGUGGGACCACACUUUUGGCAAUGAAUGCUUGAACAUUGACCCAACGCUAUCCAAAAUUCUUUUAACAGAAGCACCAAUGAACCCAAAAAAGAAUCGAGAACGACUUGUCGAGACCAUGUUCGAAAAAUACGGCUUUCAAGGCGCUUACGUGGCGAUCCAAGCUGUCCUGACACUAUACGCACAGGGUCUUCAUACAGGCGUCGUCGUCGAUAGUGGCGAUGGCGUCACUCACAUUUGCCCAGUCUAUGAAGGCUUCGGCCUGCAAAACAUCACAAAACGCCUCGACGUCGCUGGUCGAGACAUAACUAAGUACCUAAUCAAACUAUUGCUUCUCCGUGGUUAUGCCUUCAACCACUCUGCUGAUUUUGAUACAGUUCGUGAAAUCAAAGAAAAAUUCUGUUACGUUGCCUACGAUGUCGAGCAAGAAGACCGACUCGCGCAAGAAACAACAACACUUGUAGAAAAGUACACGCUGCCCGACGGAAGAGAAAUCACUAUCGGUGCCGAGCGAUUCCAAGCACCAGAAGCUCUCUUCCAGCCACAUUUAGUCGACGUAGAAAAAGAGGGAGUCGCGCAAAUGCUUUUCAACGCCAUUCAGGGAGCCGAUAUGGACAUUCGCCCAGAGCUGUACAAACACAUCGUCCUUUCAGGCGGAAGCACGAUGUACCCAGGUCUGCCCAGUCGGAUGACGCGUGAACUCAAGCAGCUCUAUUUCCAGAACGUAGUCAAGGGAGACGUGAAUCAAUAUAAAAAGUUUAAAAUCGGCGUCGAAGAUCCUCCAAGAAGAAAACAUCUGGUUUUCCUCGGCGGCGCUGUGCUGGCUGACAUCAUGAAAAACAACCUGCAGUGGUGGGUAACGAAGAGAGAAUACCAAGAACAGGGCAUCAGAUGCAUCGAGAAGCUGAUGGGUCGCGCUUAA